AUGAUCGGCUCUAUACGCAACCCGAGCGGUUUCGCUCCGUCCUUUUUACUAUUUUCUCUGGCCAUACUAUGUACAUUUUUACCAUCGGUCUUUGCGGAGGUGGACUCGGUCUUCAAAUCGAGACCCGACCUCUACCCGCCUGUGCUCACCUUGGAACAUCGCAACCCCGACAAGCUCAGCCCGGGCUAUAUCUUCGUGGGUCCUUAUGAGGCAGCCAACUCUGGGCCGUAUAUUUAUGACGACGAAGGGAAUCUAGUAUGGAGCGGAUGGGGUAAUUCCGGCCCUGGAAACGCCCACGGCAUGCAUGUUUGCCAGUAUCAGGGCAAAGACCAUCUCUGCUUCUUCCAGGGCGUUCAGCAGAACGGUUACUGUCGCGGUCAUGGCGUGAUCAUGGACAGCAAUUAUCGCAUCGUUCGCACUGUCGUCCCCGGAGGAGGCAUGGCGUCCAGCGAUAUGCACGAGUUCAAGCCCAUCAACGACGGCAAGACGGCUUUGUUGACCGUCUACCAGCAGCGACAGUUCGAUAUGAGUUUGUGGAAUGUGAAGACGGGCAUGGGAUGGUUGAUGGAGAGUGUGUUCCAGGAAGUCGACGUCGAGACCAACGAGGUGCUAUUCGAGUGGAAAUCGCUUGACCAUGUUGAUCCCUCAGCCGCCUACACCUGGCCUAGUCACACGGACACCUCGGGCACCGGGCUGGACCCGCGCUCGCCCUGGGACUACUUCCAUAUCAACUCCAUCGAUAAGAACAGUGAGGGUGACUAUCUGAUUUCCUCGCGCCACACGUGCGCGAUCUACAAGAUCUCCGGGCAAGACGGCUCGGUCAUCUGGCAGUUGCACGGCGCCAACCCCUCCUUCAAGAACAUCAACUUCAGCUUCUCGCAGCAACACGAUGCCCGGUUUCUGAGCGAGAAUGCCACCCACACGCUGCUGUCGCUUUAUAACAACGGCUUCAAUGGCUUCAAUCGGACGCACGACUACUCCUCGGGAAUGAUUAUCCUGAUCGACCACCGCGACAACACCGCGACCCAGCUACUGGAAUAUGCACCGCCGGGCAAAACCAUGAUCAGCUCCAGCCAAGGAAACCUGCAGGUUCUGCCGAACGGGAACGCGUUCAUCGGGUGGGGCAACAACGCCUACAUCUCCGAGCAUGACGAGCAAGGGAAUCUUCUUCUGUGGGGAUACAUCGACAAGGACCGGAUCAUGAACUACCGGGCGCAAAAGUUCCAGUGGGAGGGCAAUCCCACCGACGUGCCGGCCAUGUGGACCUAUGCGAAGUCGAGCGAGACCUACGCCCCGACGACCUUCUAUGUCAGCUGGAACGGGGCGACCCGCGUGAAGUACUGGCGCUUUUACGGCGCGCAGAACGCCACCGGCCCGUUCACGUUGAUCAAGCAAGUCGCGAAGAACGGAUUCGAGACGAGCUAUACAGCGGGUGAGUUCUACCAGUGGACCUAUGCCGAAGCUGUCGAUGUGGAGGGCCAAGUGCUGGGCAAGUCUCGGAGCCUGUUCACGUUUGUCCCGUCGGCGGAGUUGCAGAACUUCUGUGCGACGGAUGCGUGCGAGAAUGCCCAGUCGUAUGGUAUGCCGAAUGAGGAGGGCGCUGGGCCUGCGAUUCCGCCGGCUGGGAUUAUCACAGUGCCGUGGGUUGAGCCCGGUCACCCGGACACUUUGUACGAUUGGGGACAGACGGGGCAGUCUGAGGGAGAGGGAACUGAAGCGGAGGCGCACAGUGCAGACAAGGCCUACAGUAAUCUAGACAAUGUAGGGUGGGUUGCCCCGGUCUUUGGGUUUGUGGUCACGGUGGCGGCUAUCUACACGAUCCUCCGGGUCUAUCGGCGACGGCAGCAGGAUCUCAGCCGGGUCAAGGAGCGAGCCUCCACGGAGCAUCUAGAUCAGAUGGAACGGGCGCCGCACUCAGCAGAAGCGGACGAGCUUCCCUGGUGGCAUUGGCGUCGAUUCGUGGGGAGACAGCUGCCGCGGUAUACGCCCCUGACCGAGGGUCAGGGCUCAGCAUGGCAGCAGGGAGGUCAUAUAGAACGGUAA